AUGCCGGUUAUGAAAGGAUUAUUGGCUCCACAGAACACCUUCCUGGACACCAUCGCCACCCGUUUCGACGGAACACAUAGCAACUUCAUCCUGGCCAAUGCACAGGUGGCAAAGGGGUUCCCCAUAGUCUACUGUUCCGAUGGCUUCUGUGAGCUGUCUGGGUUUGCACGAACCGAAGUUAUGCAGAAGAGCUGCAGUUGCAAGUUUUUGUUUGGUGUGGAGACCAACGAGCAGCUGAUGCUUCAGAUUGAAAAAUCCCUGGAGGAGAAGAUAGAGUUCAAAGGAGAAAUUAUGUUCUACAAGAAGAACGGGUCUCUGUUCUGGUGCCUCUUGGAUAUUGUCCCUAUAAAGAAUGAGAAAGGAGAUGUUGUCCUUUUUCUGGCCUCUUUCAAAGAUAUAACAGACACUAAAGUGAAGAUUACUUCAGAAGAUAAAAAAGAAGACAGAGCCAAAGGAAGAUCAAGAACAGGGACCCACUUUGACUCAGCCCGGAGACGGAGCCGAGCUGUCCUUUAUCACAUCUCAGGACACCUGCAAAGAAGAGAGAAGAACAAAUUGAAAAUAAAUAACAACGUGUUUGUAGAUAAACCAGCAUUUCCAGAGUAUAAGGUUUCUGAUGCAAAAAAAUCCAAGUUCAUUCUGCUGCAUUUCAGCACUUUCAAAGCUGGCUGGGACUGGCUCAUUUUGCUGGCAACAUUUUAUGUUGCUGUGACAGUACCUUACAACGUGUGUUUCAUUGGCAAUGAGGACCUGUCCACAACUCGGAGCACAACCGUCAGUGACAUUGCAGUGGAGAUUCUUUUCAUUAUAGAUAUUAUUCUAAAUUUCCGAACAACUUAUGUCAGCAAGUCUGGCCAAGUUAUCUUUGAAGCGAGAUCUAUUUGCAUCCACUACGUCACCACCUGGUUCAUCAUUGAUUUGAUUGCUGCCCUGCCCUUUGACCUCCUGUAUGCUUUCAAUGUCACAGUGGUAUCCCUUGUGCAUCUUUUGAAGACUGUCCGGCUGCUACGUCUUUUGCGCCUCCUGCAGAAACUGGACCGUUAUUCUCAGCACAGCACAAUAGUCCUCACCCUGCUCAUGUCCAUGUUUGCUCUCCUUGCACACUGGAUGGCAUGUAUCUGGUAUGUCAUUGGCAAAAUGGAGAGGGAGGACAACAGCCUUCUCAAGUGGGAAGUCGGCUGGCUUCAUGAGCUGGGAAAGAGACUGGAAUCUCCGUACUAUGGCAACAAUACGAUGGGGGGCCCUUCCAUCCGAAGUGCUUACAUUGCUGCCCUGUACUUCACGCUCAGCAGCCUCACCAGUGUUGGAUUUGGGAAUGUGUCUGCUAACACGGACGCAGAGAAGAUCUUCUCCAUCUGUACUAUGCUGAUUGGAGCUCUGAUGCAUGCCUUGGUGUUUGGGAAUGUAACUGCCAUCAUACAGAGGAUGUAUUCCAGAUGGAGUCUAUAUCACACCAGAACCAAAGACCUAAAGGAUUUCAUUCGUGUGCAUCACCUACCCCAGCAGCUCAAGCAGAGGAUGCUUGAAUACUUUCAGACAACCUGGUCAGUCAACAAUGGAAUAGAUUCAAAUGAGCUUUUGAAAGACUUUCCAGAUGAGCUGCGCUCUGACAUCACAAUGCAUCUAAACAAGGAGAUCUUACAGCUGUCCCUGUUUGAAUGUGCCAGCCGGGGCUGCCUCAGAUCUCUGUCUCUCCACAUCAAAACGUCAUUCUGUGCUCCAGGAGAGUAUCUGCUACGCCAGGGAGAUGCUCUUCAGGCCAUCUACUUUGUGUGCUCAGGCUCCAUGGAAGUUCUUAAAGACAGCAUGGUAUUGGCUAUUUUAGGAAAGGGAGAUUUAAUUGGAGCAAAUCUAUCAAUUAAAGACCAAGUGAUCAAGACCAAUGCUGACGUGAAGGCACUGACCUACUGUGAUCUUCAAUGCAUCAUCCUUAAAGGUCUCUUUGAGGUCCUGGGCCUUUACCCUGAGUAUGCACACAAAUUCGUGGAAGAUAUCCAGCACGACCUCACAUACAACCUUCGAGAAGGGCAUGAAAGUGACGUAAUAUCAAGAUUAUCAAACAAAUCAGCAGUCUCACAGGCAGAGUCCAAAGGGAAUGGAAGCAUCAACAGGAGACUCCCAUCCAUUGUGGAAGAUGAGGAAGAGGAGGAAGAGGUGGAGGAAGAGGAGACCGCCUCCCUUUCUCCUAUCUACACAAAGAGAUCCUCUGUUUCACGCAGCAAAAAGAUCGGAGGCAAUAAAAGCUAUCUAGGUUUAAACUUAAAGCAACUAGCCUCAGGGACAGUGCCAUUCCACUCUCCAAUUAGAGUCUCUACUGCCAACUCCCCUAAAACCAAGCAGGAGGCUGAGCCAUCUAGCCAUGGCAGAAGGAUAGAGAAGAACCUGAAAGUGCAGCUUGGCAGUAUGACUAGCUCAGGAACCCCAGAGCUCAGUCCAAGGAUUGUUGAUGGAAUUGAAGAUGGCAACAGCAAUGAGGAAACUCAGACUUUUGAUUUUGGCUCUGAACAAAUCAGGCCAGAGCCCAGAAUCUCCCCUCCCCUUGGAGAUCCAGAUAUUGGAGCUGGUGUUCUGUUCAUCAAGGCUGAAGAAACCAAGCAGCAGAUAAACAAACUCAACAGUGAGGUAACAACAUUGACUCAGGAGGUCUCCCAACUAGGGAAAGAUAUGAGGAACAUCAUGCAACUUCUGGAAAACAUCUUGUCACCUCAGCAGCCAUCAAGGUUUUGUUCUUUGCAUCCCACUCCGAUGUGUCCUUCCAAAGAAAGCUUACAGAUGAGGAUGAGCUGGAGUGCUCACCAACCUUGCCUCCAUUUUCAGACAGGUGGAGCACAGCUUUAUCAUGGUAAUGUCACCUCUGACAUCUGGAGUAUGGAUCCCUCCUCUUUGGGCAGCAGCCCUCAAAGAACUGUAGCUCAUGAGCAAAAUCCAGCAGAUAGUGAACUGCAUCUUUCUCCAAAGCUUGAUUAUUCCCCCUCCCACUGCCAGGUCAUCCAGGAAGGUCACUUGCAGUUCCUGAGGUGUAUUUCCCCCCAUUCUGAUAGCACACUGACACCUUUGCAGUCAAUCUCCACCACUCUCUCAUCCUCAGUCUCUUCCUCAUCAGAAACAUCCUUGCACCGUGUUCUCCCAAGUAGAUCAGAAGAGGGCAGCAUCACCCACAGACCUGUGAGUUCCUUCAGUUUGGAAAACUUACCAGGCUCCUGGGACCAAGAAGCAAUGAUGUCAUCCUCUACAGAAACCUUGGAGAACUUUCCAGUAGAAGUUGUCACAAGCACAGCAGAUUCAAAGGACAGUAAAGCCAUAAACCUAUGA